CUGAGCACAACAGCUUGUGCAAUCUAGUCAAGUGUUCACCCACUAAUGUUAUCGUGCAUCUGGCACCAGCUAUAUGCGUGGCUUCUGACUUGUUUAACUUUGCAGUUCUUCAUCUGCUGUCAAGGAAGAAGUUGGACGAAUCAACUGUAAGAGAUAGUGAAGCUCUGUUAAUGGCCUAUGUAAGAUAUGUUGAUAAUGGAGAAUUUAUUGAGGAUAUGCUAUUUUGCGAAGCAUUAGAAACCACCACUAUUGCAAUUGAUAAAUAUAAGAAAUUAAAAACAUAUUUAGAUGAUAAGCAGAUACCAAUGGAGAACAUUAUAUCUUGUGAUGAUGGUGAGUUCUUGGAUGACAAACCUUAUAUGACUCUGUUACUGACAGUUGAUGGUAAAGCACUUGUCAGUUAUUUAGCAGAUAUAUUUGAAAAACUCAAUGUCUUAAAUAAGGAGCUCCAAGGAACAAAUAUGACUCUUGUUAAUUCAAAGGCCAAGAUAUUUGGCUUUAUAUCAUUUCUGGAAUUAUCCCAAGAAAAUAUUUCUGUCAAAAAAUUUGAACAAUUUUAUUGGCUGAAUAAAUGUGAGGUAACAGAUGCUACUUGUCUUGUUAUUGUGGAGCACUUAAAAAUAAUGGUAAGCGAUUUCAACUUCAGAUUUUCUGAUUUGAAAGAAAUUAAUUAUCCAUCUUGGAUGACUCAGCCAUUGCUAGUGGAUCUGUCAGAUGUAACCAUGGAGUAUCAAGGAGAACUUUCAGAAUUACAAAAUGAUGACUCGAUUAAAGCCCUGUUCAAAAUAAAAGGAACAAUGAUGUGGCUCUGUGAAGAAACACAAGCUAAAUAUCCAAAUACAAGUAGUUUGGCAAGAAAACUACUGUUACCAUUCCCAUCGUCAUACUUAGUGGAAUGUGGAUUUAGUGCUGUGAAUGACUUAUUACUGAAGAAAAGAAACUGA